CCAAAAUGAUAACCGGGUUUGACAACGUGGAGUUUUCCUUGAAAUAAAGCUCCACUCUGUCGUUUUUUUAUCAAACUUGAUACUAAAAAGAACUCCACAUUGUUCAAGUUAUUAACAUCAACUGUUCCACUGUGGAUACUCCUUUGGUGCCUUGUCAGCUAAGACUUUUCUUAUCUAUUGUUUAUGCUUCCAGUAGUUUUGUCUCACUGUUUGAAAAUGAGUCGUAAAUUAUGUUUAUUCGAUAUAGAUGGAACUCUUACAUCCCCAAGAAAGAAAAUCACUCCUGAGGUACUUAGUUUCUUGUUGGAAAAAGUCAAACCAGUGAGUGCGAUAGCAUUGGUUGGAGGUUCAGAUUUGAGCAAAGCUUCCGAGCAAAUGGGUGGAAAUGAAAUUUUGAAGCAAUUUGAUUUUGUUUUUACCGAAAAUGGACUGAUGGGUUUCAAGAAUGGAGAGAAAUUCCACGAACAGACUAUCGUGAAACACCUGGGUGAAGAGAAACUUCAGCAAUUCAUCAAUUUUGCUCUCAAGUAUAUGUCUCAAAUAACAUUGCCAUUCAAGCGUGGGACUUUUAUUGAGUUUCGCACUGGAAUGUUGAACAUUUCUCCUGCUGGCCGUUCUGUGACUCAAGCUCAAAGAGAUGCUUUCGAAGAAUAUGAUAAAGAACAUAAGAUAAGAGAGAAAUUCAUUCAAGCUAUCAAAGAAAGUUUGCCAGACUUGGGACUCACGUAUAGUAUAGGCGGACAAAUCAGUUUUGACGUGUUCCCAACCGGGUGGGACAAAACAUACUGCCUACAAUUUUUGGAUGAUUUCGCUGAGCGGAUUCACUUCUUUGGGGACAAAACCUCUCCUGGAGGAAAUGAUCAUGAAAUAUUUUCUGACAGCAGAACCAUAGGGCACACCGUAACUUCAUACGAGGAUACAAUUGCUCAGCUAAAGAAGAUUCUUGACAUUCCCUAGUGGUCUUGUGAAAAUGCAGAUUACAAACUCUACAAUCGUAUAUUCAUGCCGUCCUUGCAUUUGCACAGCCAGAUGCUCAUCACUUUCGUUAAGUCAGUAUUUUUUUACGUGCAUACCAAAGAUUUUUGGAAAGUGAAAGUUAGAAGUAGGUCAGUCAAAAGGAUCUAGAAUUUACAAUCAAUCAUCCAUUUCAGUUUUUGUCAAUAUAGAAAAAUGAGCAUCUUGUUUUCUUCUUCUUUAUUUUAGAUCAGCCGUUGGUUUUGAGAUAAAUGCUUUUAAAAAAAAAGCAACUUAUUGCUAUCAGGGGCAGCCGCGGGUCUUUCUAAUUCUAUUUCUUUUUUUAAAAGUUUUAGCCAAGCUUUGAGGUUCAAAGGGGUCAAUCUUAGCACUUGGGCUAAGGCAUUGUAUGUUGUUUACACUUAAACAUCACAGGGCGAGGAGGAACACUGCUUCAUUAAGAAUUCUGCCAUUUCAUUCAUUCAAACUCUGCUUUUUCUACUGAGCCCAAUUUAUAAUGCUGAUAUUUUGGCUAAAAUUUCAGUAACUUCUCUUCCACAGAUCAUGCUCUACAUGAAAUAAUUUUCAGGGGAAAAGAAAAACCUAAAUCGGAAUGCCUAAAUUCAUACCUUGUGUAGUGGUUCAUUAAAUUUUGAAGACUCAGCUUGAGGCGCAAGUAGCUCAUAUUGAAACCUUGAGAGUAGAAGUUUGAUCAAAUCAAAAAUGGCGUCUUAGGGGAGAGGAAAGAAUGGAUUGAAAAUCCUUCUACCCUCAUUUCAUCUGUUCUUAAAGAAACCUCAAAGUUGAAAAAUAAUUUUACGGGAGACACUUGUAAGGUGGACAUAAGAUCAGAUUUUUUCAUGGUUUUAGGAUUUGUAAAAAAGCAUAAUUGAAUCUACUCAUGCAAAAACGUUCGUUGUCUCAUACAGGGUUUCAUGAUUGCAGUGGUUUUUUUUUUGCCUGACAACACUGAUGAAUAAGAUCGAUCUCUUUUGUAAACGUUUAAUUAUACUUAGGGUAUUAUUUAUAAAAUUAUUCUACAUUCUUAACGUUAUAAGGGGAUUAUUUAAAAAAUUGUUCUAAAUUCCUAACGUCUUAACCUAUCUUGUCUGUUAUGAGAGACACAUUGGUGUUAUUGGUCAAGUUAAAGAUCUAUUGUACAAUAUUUGUACCUAAACGUUUUGUCAAUUCAUGAAAAAUAAACAGAAAUUCACACAAAA